AUGGAACGAAGUGGUCACAUCGUGUCGGACGUGCGAUUCGAGCACUGUCAACCAGGCCACACUCUGGGACUUCCGUACGAUCGACCCCGUCUAUCCUGGAAAUUUUACAAUGUUGACUCGGCCUUCCGGCAGGCAGCCUACGAGGUCGAAGUCUACGCUCCGAGUGCAGACACAGGGACGACGCUGUUAUGUUGCCGGAAAGUCAACUCGAGCCAGUCGCGGCUGGUCCCUUGGCCCUGCGACGAGGCAUUGAUAUCAAGACAAGAAGUUUCUGUGCGCGUCAGAAUCUGGUCAUGUCACGGUUCUUCUUCUUCGUGGAGUCAGCCGGUUAUAUUCGAGACUGGGCUUCUGACGCGGGCGGAUUGGGACUGUCAACGGAUUGCCGCACCUAGCAUGCCGCCGACUGCAGGGCCCUGUGCAGAGCAACUCUUCCGCAGAGCAUUCUGGCUCCGGUCCCGUGUGCGUCGGGCAAGGCUGUACGUCACAGCCCAAGGCCUAUAUCAAGUAGAGAUCAAUGGGCAACAGAUUGGAGACUUCCUCGCACCCGGAUGGACAAAUUACAACCACCGAAUCCUCCAUCAAACUUAUGAUGUGACCCACCUGCUGACAGGAGCGCCAGAAGAGAACUGCAUUGGCAUACGGCUCGCGGAAGGAUGGUUCUCUGGCAGACUUGGGUUCCUCGGCGGCCGUCGUCACCUUUGGGGUCCCUAUCCGACCGUCAUGGCCCAGCUGGAGAUUAUCUACGAAGAUCACAGCACAGAGCGGAUCUGCACGGACAAAACAUGGCUCACCACGGCAGGUCCAGCCAAGGCCGCGGAAAUCUACGACGGAGAGAAGUAUGAUGGCACCGCCGAAAUCGACGGAUGGUCAGAGCCAUCCAAUCCCACCCACGUGUUCGAUCCCGCCCCCUGGCGUGAAGCAGACGAGAAACCACCGCUCUCAGACACUAUUCAGAUCGUCCCGGACUUCGGAGCACCGGGUACCCGUAAGCAAACGAUCGCGCCCGUUCAGAAAAUCAUCACGCCCCGCGGGAAAGUGGUCCUCGACUUUGGCCAGAAUCUGGUGGGCUACGUACGGAUCAAGGCCGUAAAAGGCAAGAGAGGAGACCGAAUCUCUCUCGAACAUGCAGAGGUGAUGGAAAACAACGAGCUUGGGCGACGACCACUCCGGAUCUGUCAAGCGCUGGAUCAGUAUACUUUGAAAGGCGCCGAGUCCGGGGAACAAUGGGAGCCUCGAUUCACGUUCCAUGGCUUCCGUUACUGCCAGGUGGACGGCUGGCCAGUCGAGGCGCCUGAGCUGCAAGACUCGCUAGUGGCCGUCGUGUGCCACAGCGAGAUGGAGCCCGUCGGCCACUUUCUCUGCUCGGACAAGAUGCUGAACAAGCUACACGAGAACACCGUGUGGAGCAUGAAAGGCAACUUCCUCUCCAUCCCUACAGACUGCCCCCAACGCGACGAGCGCCUGGGCUGGACUGGGGACAUUGCAUUGUUUGCGCCAUCUGCGGCCAAGCUGUACGACUGUUACAGCUUCUUGCAGAACUGGCUGGUCGAUGUUGUCUACGAACAGGACCUUCGCGGUGGAAUUCCCCCUCUCGUUUCACCAAACGCAUUCCAAGGAGUCGAGUUUUGGGGCGACCCAUGGCCAUGUUCAAUUUGGCACGACGUCACCAUCCGCGUGCCCUGGGCAUUGUAUGUCGCCUCGGGAGACCAGGACAUCCUGGCCAGAAACUACGGGAGCAUGAAGACUUGGCUCACGCGGAUCCCACGGGAUAUGAAGACAACAACAGUCAAUCGUCUCUGGGACAGAGAGUGCUUUCAACUAGGCGACUGGUUGGAUCCGUCAGCGCCGCCAGACCAACCUGCAACCAGCAAAACAGACGCGACGCUGGUAGCAGAUGCGUUCUUGGUACAUAACCUGGACCUCGUCUAUCAAAUCGCCGAGGUCUUGGGUGACACGGAGGGAGCCAGGGUGUUUGAAGCCGAAGCACGCGCCACGCGCCAGCAAUUCGUCCACGAGUACAUCAGCGCCAGCGGUCGGGUAGUCUCCGAUUCGCAAACGGCCUACGCACUGGCCAUCUGCUUUGACCUCCUCCCCACGGCCGCGCAGCGAACGAAUGCAGGAGAACGGCUGGCAAAGCUCGUCCGCCGGGAGCACUUCAAGAUCGAGACCGGCUUCGCGGGCACUCCCUUCAUCUGCGAGGCCCUGGUGCGAGCCGGACACGGUGCUGUCGCAUACGCCAUGUUGCUCAAUCGAGAGUGUCCCUCGUGGUUGUACCCGGUCACAAUGGGCGCGACCACGACGUGGGAGCGUUGGGAUAGCAUGCUUCCCGAUGGGUCCAUCAAUCCCGGCGAGAUGACCUCGUUCAACCAUUACUCCCACGGGGCAGUCAUCUCCUUCCUGCACGAGCGACUGGCCGGCCUCCGGUGUGUGGAGCCCGGCUGGAAGAAGAGUCGCGCCGCUCCGGUAAUCUCAGGCGGCAUCACCCAUGCGGAAGUCAGUUACAACACACCCUACGGGAAAGUGGGCUGCUCAUGGAGCAUUGAAGGCGAGCAGUUUACCUUGGCCGUCGAAGUCCCUCCAACGACCACCAUGGAAGUAGUCCUGCCGACAGAGAGUGGUGAGCGGACCGAGCUCGUCAAGGCCGGAAAGUGGACCUUUUCUGGUCGUCAUCGACCCGACCGUGCUUGGCCGGUGACACCAAUUUCGAAGAUGCCUUGGGUAGAAGGCUAG